AUGAAUGGGCGCCGGUAUAAAAGGGGGCGGCUGCUUCAUCAGUCUGAGUCUCAACAACUGGUGAUGAUGAAGAUGAUGACGACCAAGGCUGUGCUGCUCUUCCUCGCCCUCGUGCUGGCCGCAGUUCGGGCAGACGUGAACUCGGCAGAGGUGACCGGCUCCUGGGCUACCCAGGCUGUGGCCUCAGAUAACCCGUCCAAGACGGGUGAUGGCGGGCCUCUGCGACCCUUCUUCCGGACGAUUGACUGCGCUGGGGCCGGCUGCCAGACCAUCACCCUGAGCUUCUACACCAAGGAGGCUGGCCGCUGCGUCCUGCACACAGUCGUGGGCGAGAAGGGUUCAGAUGGCAACUACCAGAGCGAGUACUCUGGGCAGAACUACUACCACUUCCUGGUGCAGAAGCCUGGCUUCAUUGUCUUCUACAACCACAACGUGGACGCCAAUGGACAGGACACCCACAUGACCGUGGCCCUGGCCCAGGGUGGCCAGCUAAGUGACACACAGAGUGCGUCAUAUGCAGAUGUCACCGACGCCAACAGCAUCUCCCGAGGGAGCAUCCAGCAAGUGGCAUCACAUGAGAAGCAAAUUCCUAUGUCAACCUCAGAGUUAACUGAGGAAGACAUGAAAGAACUGCCAGAUAAAGAUUAA